AUGAAAUUCCAGGCAGAAUACCUGCCGAGGAUUAACACGGUGACUCUUGUUAUCGAAAGUGACUACCAGUUUGAAGUAAGCUAUUUAAAUCAAGAUUGUCUCGAAUUCCACAGUUCUCAGGGCCAGAGGAAGCUUAUUCAACUGCCACAUUCAAUUAAGUAUCCUCCCAAUUAUUUUCCGCGAAAAGAUGGAUUCGUUCAAGUUCUGAGACUCAGGGCAUUCUCGUCGGAACAUAGUGAAAUAUGCCUGGAUAGAUCAAAGAACUAUACCAUGUCUUUGGCUACUGGUAAGUGGAUGAAAAGUGAUUUAAUUAGACAACCCUUUGAGCUCUGUUGUGGAAAAUGCCAAGCAUUACUUGUGUCAAGCAAGAACUGCAAAAAGAUAAAUGAUAUGCCAUCUGAAUAUUGGGCGGAACUCAUGGACUAUUGGCAUUGCCACAAACCCCCUGUCGCUGAAGAUGGUACUUCCUUUUAUGAUCGAUACAGUAAAUUGUCUCCCCUUGUCGGUGAACUUCUUGUCGGAGAGUCAUUCUUCCUCGCCUCUGCGAAUUGGUUAAAUUGCUGUUGUAAGACCUCUGCAGACCUUAUAAGAUGUAUGAAAUGUGAAGGUAUACUUGGAAAACUUAAUAAGGACGGGUUAUUUAGGAUACAAAAGUGGAGCGUUUUACUUCGCACUCAUGAUAAAAUCGAGCAAUUUCCUGCCGAAUAUUCAAUCAUUUCUUCAAUCAUGAAUCUACUCAAUUCUAAUGGAAGUAGAUACUUUCUACUUAAAGGCGAAGGUGGCAUUCGAGUUGUUUUAUGGAUAUUUGCAGUUGGAAUUCGAGUAACAUUGUCAGAAUAUCGUCCAGAAUCGGACUCAAUCAAGGUUUUCUACAUCAAAUCUCUGAAUUCUGAAGAUGUCAAGUACGACAUAGGUAGUCAAAACUUUGAGGAGCUGACGAUUGAUGAUGCAAUUCUCAAAAAUUUCAUUGAGCAACUUGAAGAAAAAAACAGCCAAUUGCCUUCGCCAACUCAAGAGAUGAAUUCUUGGAAACUAAGUUAUUUAACAUGCUUAUAA